GCACGGCACGCUUUACUUACACCCGGCACGCAGUGGCGCGAAAACUUUUCAGUUGUGUGGUUUGACGGCGAAGGAGCGCACAGCAGCGAAGAGUUUGCGUGUUUUUUUGGCCGUUUUGGAUAAAAAAAUUACUCGGACAUAAUGGCAACCGACACCGUAGAUGACCGGGAAAUGAGAGAAGCUCAGAGAGACUACCUGGACUUUCUGGAUGAUGAGCAGGACCAGGGGAUCUAUCAGAGCAAAGUUCGGGACAUGAUCAGCGAGAAUAAAGCUCGGCUCAUCGUCAACAUCAACGACCUGAGGAGACGCAACGAGGCCCGAGCCGCAAAACUGAUGAACUAUGCAUUUGAGGAGCUGAUGGCGUUCCAGCGGGCUCUGAAGGACAUGGUGGGCACGGUGGACGGCACCUACGCUAAGCAGCACGAGGAGUUCUUCAUCGGCCUGGAGGGCAGCUUCGGCUCCAAGCACGUCUCCCCGCGGACGCUGACCUCCCGUCUGCUGGGAAGCAUGGUGUGCGUGGAGGGCAUUGUCACCAAAUGCUCCCUUGUGCGUCCUAAAGUAGUCCGAAGUGUUCACUACUGUCCAGCCACCAAAAAGACGAUGGAGAGGAAGUAUACAGACAUGACGUCGCUGGACGCCUUCCCUACCAGUGCCAUUUACCCCACAAAGGAUGAGGAGAACAACCCUCUGGAGACAGAAUUUGGUCUGUCUAUCUACAAAGACCACCAGACUAUCACAGUUCAGGAGAUGCCAGAGAAAGCUCCCGCUGGCCAGCUCCCUCGCUCGGUGGACAUCAUCCUGGACAACGACCUGGUGGACCUCAUCAAACCGGGAGACAGAGUCCAGGUUAUCGGGACGUACCGCUGCCUGCCCGGCAAGAAGGGAGGAUUCACCUCCGGCACCUUCAGGACCAUCAUGAUAGCAUGUCACGUCAAACAAAUGAGCAAGGAAGUAUCGCCGCACUUCUCUGCCGACGACGUCGCCAAAAUCAGGAAAUUCAGCUGCACUCGGUCUAUAAAUGUGUUUGACCAGCUGGCUCGCUCCCUGGCUCCCAGCAUCCACGGCCACGAGUACAUCAAGAAAGCUAUUCUCUGCAUGCUGCUGGGGGGCGUGGAGAAGGUGCUCGAGAACGGGUCCCGCAUCAGAGGCGACAUCAACGUCCUGCUCAUCGGCGACCCAUCGGUGGCCAAAUCGCAGCUGCUGCGUUAUGUGCUGCACACGGCGCCCAGAGCCAUCCCCACCACAGGACGAGGCUCAUCUGGUGUCGGCCUGACUGCUGCUGUCACAACUGAUCAGGAGACAGGUGAGCGUCGCCUGGAGGCUGGCGCCAUGGUGCUGGCUGACCGCGGCGUGGUCUGCAUCGACGAGUUUGACAAGAUGUCCGACAUGGACCGCACGGCCAUCCACGAGGUGAUGGAACAGGGCCGCGUCACCAUCGCCAAGGCUGGCAUCCACGCGCGCCUCAACGCCCGCUGCUCCGUGUUGGCUGCUGCCAACCCCGUGUACGGCAGGUACGAUCAGUAUAAAACCCCCAUGGAAAACAUCGGACUCCAGGACUCCCUGCUGUCUCGUUUCGACCUCCUCUUCAUCAUGCUGGAUCAGAUGGACCCGGAGCAGGACCGAGAGAUCUCGGACCACGUGCUGAGGAUGCACCGCUACCGUGAUCCCCGUGAGCAGGAUGGAACAGCCAUGGCUCUGGGUGGGACGGUGGACGUGCUGACCACAGAAGAUCCAGACUCUGUAGCAGAGGAGGAUGAAGAGCUGCAGGUCUAUGAGAAACACAACAACCUGCUGCAUGGAAGCAAAAGAAAGAAGGAUAAGAUAGUGAGCAAGGAGUUCAUGAGGAAGUACAUCCACAUCGCCAAGGGCGUAACACCUGUGCUAACGGAGGAAGCGGCCAAUCACAUCGCGGAGGAGUACUCCAGGCUGAGGAGCCAGGAACAGCUGGGAUCUGAAAUCGCCCGGACCUCUCCAGUGACGGCGCGAACGCUGGAGACGCUGAUCCGUCUGUCCACGGCGCACGCCAAGGCCCGCAUGAGCAAAGUGGUGGAGCUGGAGGACACAGAGGUCGCCGUGGAGCUGGUCCAGUUCGCCUACUUUAAGAAGGUUCUGGACAAAGGGAAGAAGCGCUCAAAAAGGGAUCAGGACUCCGGCUCAGAGGAUGAGGAUAAUGAAGAGACAACCACUCAGCCUUCACAGAGAACUCAGAGGAAGAGGGGGCGACGUGGUUCCCAAAGCAGUGAACCCUACAGCCCAUAUGAUUUCAGUGAAGAGCAGGAGGUCCCUGAAAUUCAGGCUGGCACCCCUAAACCAGCCAAGGCCCAGCGAGAGGAGGAGCCCAUGGAGGCCACGUCACAGGCUGCAGACGUCGAGCUUUCAGCUGACAGACUAAAGGAGUUCAAGUCCUCGCUGUUCGCCAUCUUCCAGUCCACGUACGCCCAGUCGGUGAUGAUGACGAAGCUCAUGGACGAGAUCAACAAAGAGCGUGAGAAUCGGUUCACAAAGCCUGAAGUUCGCGCCGCUUUGGCUCGCAUGCAGGACGAUAACCAGGUCAUGGUGUCUGAUGACACCAUCUUUCUCAUCUGAUGGAGGAGGUGUAGGUUUAUAGCACUUACAUGAAAUCAGUCACACGGACUGGGAGGCUGGGGGAGGGGAAGACGGUGGAUUCGAAGUUCUGUUGCUUAACGUGCUCAUGUUUGACUUUGUUUGUGUCCUUAUGAGAAAACAUAAUGUAAUGAUCCAAGAAGUUAAUGGAGGUUUAUUGUAGUUGCAUAAGUUUAAUUAAAUGAAAAUGUAUUAUUACCACACCACAAUGCAGACGCAGUAAUGUUUCCUACCUUCUCUGGUAUAUACUUGUAUAUAGUUAAGUUUUGAGAUAAAGUUCAGCUGUUUAUUAACAAAAAUAAAAAUCAUCUUUAAUA